AAAGCAUAAUCUACAACAGAGCCUCAAAACCCAGACUAAAAGAAAAAACACCCUCAGACCGAAAAAAAAAAAAACCUACAACAAACCCUCAUCGUCUUCUCUUCCUCCUUCAUCUUUCUCAGUUCCUCAGUCCUUAUCCUUCUUGGAGGCUGGAGAUAGAAGGAGAGAGGAAGAAAGAGAACACGACCUUCAGAGAGAGAGAAAGAGAGCGAUGGCAACCGAAACAGCAGGAGCAGUAGUUGAAUCGUCUUCAGCGGCGACCGUGCCUUCGCCGGCGCCGGAGGCUGGAUCGAAACACAAGCUGGAGAGGAAGUGGACGUUCUGGUUCGACAACCAAUCGAAGCCGAAGCAAGGCGCUGCUUGGGGUACCUCUCUCCGCGAGGUUUACACUUUCGAUACUGUCGAAGAGUUCUGGUGUUUGUAUGAUCAGGUAUUCAAGCCCAGCAAAUUGCCUGGAAAUGCAGACUUCCACUUGUUCAAGGCUGGGAUUGAGCCAAAAUGGGAAGAUCCUGAGUGUGCUAAGGGAGGCAAGUGGACUGUCACAAGCAACAGGAAGGCUAAUCUUGAUAACAUGUGGCUUGAAACUAUGAUGGCUUUGAUUGGGGAGCAAUUUGACGAUGCUGAGGACAUAUGCGGUGUGGUUGCAAGUGUGCGCCAGAGGCAGGACAAACUUUCGCUCUGGACAAAGACCGCAGCAAACGAGGCAGCUCAGAUGGGCAUUGGAAGGAAGUGGAAGGAGAUCAUUGAUGUUACUGACAAGAUAAUAUAUAACUUCCAUGAUGAUUCUAGAACCCGAUCAUCAAAGAGUCGGUACAGUGUAUAAGAGCAGUUUUGGGGCCUUUUCAUGCGCAUGUGCAUGUGCUGCUAGGCUGUUAUGAUAUUUGAUCUUUUAACCAUGUGCACUGUAUACCAAAAUCCACACCACAUUUUUGGAUUGAUGCACUACCGUCCGACAUGUUCCCCACUCUUUUGGGUGCAAUACUAUAUUAUAAUUUUACUUUUUGAUUGCUAUGUUAAAAUUCCUACUAGAAUUCAUUUGUAGUUUUAUAUAUUUUUUUUUAAAUUUUAUUGGGACACACUUUAGAAGCUUGAAA